UUGACAGUCAAGUUCUGUGACUACGGGUUAUUGUAGUGCAUUUUGUUAGUUAUUUGUUUUCCAAAUGACAGUUCAAACUUCUUAAUGAAGAUCUGUCAAAUUUUGUUUUUUAAAUUAUCAUAACAAAAGAAAAACACUUUUUAAUUUUUGUUAAAGAUUCAAUAUAACAGUAAUCAUUCACAUUUUUCAAUAAAACUGGAACGAAAGUAGUAUUGAAACAUUAUGGGUAUACAAAAAAUAUGUUGUAUCGGAGCUGGAUACGUUGGCGGGCCUACAUGUAGUGUUAUAGCGUUAAAAUGUCCAAAUAUUUGUGUCACGGUUGUGGAUCGGAGUCAAGAACGUAUUGCUCAAUGGAAUUCAGAAAAAUUACCUAUUUACGAACCCGGCUUAGAUGAUGUUGUUAAAAAAUGCCGAGGUGUUAAUUUAUUUUUCUCCACGGACAUCCAUACUGGUAUUCAAGAAGCUGAUUUAAUAUUCAUAUCAGUAAAUACACCAACAAAAGUUUUUGGAAACGGUAAAGGACGUGCAGCUGAUCUAAAAUAUGUAGAAGGUGCUGCACGUAUGAUAGCCGAUAUAGCAAAUAGUAAUAAAAUUGUAGUUGAAAAAAGUACAGUUCCAGUACGAGCUGCCGAAAGUAUUUUAAAUAUUUUACGUGCCAAUAACAAACCAGGUGUAUCGUAUCAAAUAUUAUCAAAUCCAGAAUUUUUGGCGGAAGGUACAGCCAUUGAAGAUUUAUUACAUGCUGAUCGUGUUUUAAUUGGUGGCGAAGAUACACCUGAAGGUCAACUUGCUAUUGAAGAAUUAUGUAAAGUAUACGAACAUUGGAUACCAAGAAAAAAUAUUUUAACUACAAACACGUGGUCAUCAGAAUUAUCAAAACUUGCUGCAAAUGCAUUUUUAGCUCAAAGAAUAUCAAGUAUUAACUCCUUAUCAGCCGUUUGUGAAGCAACUGGAGCUGAUGUGUCAGAAGUUGCACGUGCUGUUGGUUUAGAUUCUCGUAUAGGAUCAAAAUUUUUACAAGCAUCUAUUGGAUUUGGUGGUAGUUGUUUUCAAAAAGAUAUCCUCAAUUUAGUAUAUAUUUGUGAAUGUUUAAAUCUACCAGAAGUAGCAAAUUAUUGGCAACAAGUGAUUGACAUGAAUGAAUAUCAAAAAUCUAGGUUUAGUAAUAAAAUUGUGGAAUCAUUAUUUAAUACUGUCAGUGGUAAACAUAUUGCCAUAUUAGGUUUUGCAUUUAAAAAGAAUACUGGUGAUACAAGAGAGAGUCCGGCUAUUCAUGUUUGUAAAACAUUACUGAUCGAAGGUGCAAUUUUACACAUCUAUGAUCCAAAAGUUGAGCAUGAUCAAAUAAUGGCUGAUUUAACACAUCCAUCAGUAACAGAAGAACCAGAAGUUAUACGGAAAACUGUUCAUAUUUACGAUAAUGCUUACGAAGCAGCAAAAGGAGCUCACGCGUUGGUUGUUUGUACAGAAUGGGAUGAAUUUAUGGCACUUGAUUUUCAUAAAAUAUAUCAAGUGAUGAUGAAACCAGCAUACAUAUUCGAUGGACGUAAGAUUUUAAAUCAUGAUGCAUUAUUGAAAAUUGGAUUUCAUGUACAGACUAUAGGUAAACGUAUUCAACGACCAAUUCAAGCAAGAUUAUGGGGAAGUCGUGUUCAAACAUAAUAAUAUUCGAAAAUUUCAUUUAACUAUCCCAAAUUUUUGAUAACAAAUAAGUUUUCCUUAGAAAGCUAUAUCCUUAAUAAAAUAUAUAUAUUUAUACUUGGAACUUAAAAUAAUAAAAAUUUAAUCUUAUUCUAAAUAUCGCCAUUGGACGAAAUAAUGUGAAUGAAAUGUUUAGCAAAAAUUUGGGAUAUCUUAUAAAAGAGAUACGACAACGUCGCCAUUCUUAGCCGUAUAAUGUAUAAAAAAAAAACAGUGGAAAAUAUUGAGAAAAAGCCCAUUUAACGAAGAUUAUUCUAACUCACUAGAAGAAAUUUAAAUAACUGCUAGAGUGAAUGAAUAUAUGGUUACAGUAUCGCCUAGUAGGGCAUUCGUUUGUUGAAAAAAUCUGUAUGGAAUGGAAAGAAGCGAAAAAAUUACACAUAAAGCGGGAUUUGAACCCGGGUUCUCUAAAUAUUCGGUCUAGGCCGUAACCAACUCUGUCACUUUUGUUCUAUGUAAGCGACACAAAUUAUGUGUAACCUCUUCGUGUCUAUAUUCUACUUAUAUGUUUGUGUAUACAAAAUACACAAACGUUUCACACUAUUAUAUUACAAUCCGUGGUUUUGGUAAUGAAUUACUGUUGGGAAUGAUAUGUGAAUCGCUUUUAUAACUCAGUCGAUAUUAUUAAAUAAUUAAUAUUAUCAAGUAUCGAUUACACACCUAUGCCUGUCAGGUAUUUUCUCAAUGUGAGUACUUUCGAAUUUUCGGAAAUUUUAUUUUUCAUAUUUCUAAUGCAUUUGAUUUCGAGAAUCGGUCUACUGAUGACAAAAAAAGAUAACAAAUGUAGAAAACCUAAUACAUGAUGUUUACAAUCGCUUUAUUUUAGCACUAAAUAACCAGGAUUGUUUAUCGUACCAAUUAUUCUACAUUAUACAUUUAAAUGCAAAUCAGUUGUAGUUUACCAUUAGAAUAAAGCAACUAAUGUGAAAUAUUAUUUUAUAAAAAUAUGAAUAAGUCACAGCAAAAAGGAGAAUAAAUAAUUUGAAUCAUUCCAUGAUCAUUCGUUGAACAUUUUGUACGUUUCAUUCCUUUCUUUAUUCGAAUUUCAUCAGCAAGAAAAAUUGUUUUACAAAAUUCCAAAUAUAUCCAAUAAAGAAAGGGACGAAGCGUGCAACGAAUGAUCAAAGAUUGAUUCUAUUUUUUUUUGUCCAUUCCCCUAUGGCUCAUUCAUAUUAUUAUUUUUCUGGACGUGAUUACGAUUUAAUAUUAUUAUAUAAUAUUUAAUACUAUGAACUCCAUUUUUUUAUUUUUACAACAAAACCUGAUAAAUUCUAAUG